AUGAAAUUCGGCAAAGAGUUUCGUACCCACCUCGAAGAAACCUUACCUGAGUGGAGAGACAAGUUCCUCUGCUAUAAACCCUUGAAAAAGCUUCUCAAAUACUACCCUUACCCCUCCGCCGAUUUAGGAGCCGGAGAUUCCGAUCAGAUCGACUCGCGUCCCGUCUUUGCCGACACUACGAACACAUCUUCCUCCGCCGAUGGCGUCGUCGUUCCCGGCGUCAGGCCCACGGAAGAUCUCCAGAGUUCGUUUGUGAGGAUACUCAAUGAGGAACUUGACAAGUUCAACGAUUUUUACGUCGACAAAGAAGAGGAUUUCGUUAUCAGAUUACAGGAGCUGAAGGAAAGAAUCGAGAAAAUUAAGGAGAGGAACGGUAGUGAUGGGGAAUUCGCAUCAGAAAGCGAGUUCAGUGAAGAAAUGAUGGAUAUUCGCAGAGACCUUGUCACCAUUCAUGGCGAGAUGGUGCUCCUUAAAAACUACAGCUCCCUAAAUUUUGCAGGACUUGUCAAGAUUCUGAAGAAGUACGAUAAAAGAACAGGAGGGCUUCUACGUUUGCCAUUCACACAAGUCGUUCUCCAUCAACCUUUCUUCACAACAGAGCCACUCACAAGGUUAGUCCGCGAGUGCGAGGCGAAUCUUGAGCUCCUCUUCCCAUCAGAAGCAGAAGUUGUAGAGUCUUCUAACGCGGUGUCAACCUCGCAUGAACACCACUCGCCUAGGAUCUCGGCCGAGACUUCCUCAACUCUCGGCGAUGAGAAUCUUGAUAUAUACAGGAGUACACUCGCUGCGAUGAGAGCUAUACGAGGGUUACAAAAGGCCAGCUCCACUUACAAUCCUUUGUCGUUCUCAUCGCUUCUUAAGAGCGAGGAUGAUGAGACUGUAACUGCUGAAAACUCUCCAAACUCUACAGACUUGCAGGGCAAAGAUGAAUCAGAUAAAGAAGACAAUGGACCACCUUCCCACUGA